UCCACCUUUAUUUUCUUUUUUUUUUUUUUGUUGCUAUUUUCUCUCCCACUUCGCUACUGCGAUCAAUCAAUGGGAAGUAGUGCCCAGAUCAGCGCUUCCAAGGCCUUCACUUUGCACCUCCUCUGCGCGCUUGCCUUCGCCGUUGCGUGGGUGGUCGCUUGUGAUGUCUUCUCUUGGACCCUCGUCGGCCACCCGGCGCUCGUUCUCCGUCUUCUCUUUAGCGUGCAUGCCCCUUUUGUGAUUGUAGUUUAUAGCAUGCUACGGCGUGAGCCUGAGCAUUGCCCGUUUUGGAAGGCUGUAGGACGAGGACUGCUAGCAAUACCUGUUGGGGCUUUACUAAAUGCUUUUGGAGCAAUUGUGCUGGGUGCACCUGUUGGGAUUAGUUACUUGCCCAAAACCAUAUAUUGGUCCCUUCUCAUGUCAUUAUUCACUUUUGUGCCAGCAGCUUGUGUUGUAGGCUCUUCGAGAACUGGCUGGCAGAGCUUUCUGUUGGCCAAUUCCAGGCCAAUUGAAGAGCUUGACUGCAUGAUCAUUCUUCCAGCAUAUGGAGCUAUUAUUGGCUCAUGGUUUGGUGCUUGGCCAAUGCCACUUGAUUGGGAAAGGCCUUGGCAGGAAUGGCCGAUUUGUGUUACAUAUGGUGCGGUCAUUGGAUAUUUGAUGGGGAUGUUAGUCUUGACACCAGCGUUCAUUCUUGGCAUGAAAAGACAAGCUCGCAUAAAAGGCGACUAACUUUCAGAUUUAUAUGACUAAUUAUGGUAUGACUUUAAAUCUCUAGUACGAAAGAAAUUUCUUUUUUUUGUGUACAUAAAGCAUUCUCAGUUUUUGAUGAUGCAGUGAGAUAUUAUGAUAUUAAGACUGCAAAAUUUUCUGCUUACUAAUAACAUGAGAAAUAUUUCUUCUAA